AGAGAGAAAGGGGUGCACUCUAACAGAAAGAGGAAGAGAGAGCAGAGAGAGGAGAGCAAAACUGAGUUUGCUGACACUGUGAGAGAAUAUUUAUUUUCUCACCACUUAUCAUAUAGAAUAAAAACCUUGUUAAAGUGGGAUUGGUGUGGAUAUAAUACCAGUCUGUCUCUGAGAUGGAGUCCAGAACCCUUCUACUUGUUCUGGGUCUUAAUUUCAGUCUGCUGGGGAACCUAGAGGCCAGAGAUUGUCCCUGGGGCUUCAUAGCCAAAGGGAGAACACUGUGUGUUGAUAUAGAUGAGUGUAAAGAGUGGGACAGUAACCCACCCUGUGGAAGUAAUGCCGCAUGUUACAACACACAGGGGAGCUUCUACUGUCAGUGUCAACCUGGGUUCAGAUCCACAACGACUUUACAGUUUACUGCUCUCACUGGGGAGUGUAAGGACCUCGAUGAGUGUCAGGGGAAACUGCAGGUUUGUACCAGCAACGCCAUUUGCAUCAACACCAUCGGGAGCUUCAACUGCCAAUGCCAACCUGGUUUCAGAUUCUCUGCUUAUGCUGGGCACUGUGAAGACCUCGAUGAGUGCCAGGAGACACCUCAGGUCUGUGGCAGCAACACCAGUUGCCUCAACACCUUCGGGAGCUACCACUGCCAGUGCCAACCUGGGUUCAGAUUCUCUAAUCACACGUUGAAGUACUGAUGGAAAGUCCAAUAUCCAGUUUUCUGAUGAGUUGACCAAUGAUUUUGUCACGUCUGCUCCUGCUCCCCCUCUCUGACGCUCGAGGUUGCCAGGCGACUCAUCAUUACUCACACCUCUCACCAUCGUUACGCGUCCCAGCGCUUCAUCGGACUCACCUGGACUCCAUCACGUCAUUGAUUAUCUACCCUAUAUCUGUCACCCCCUCCAGUUAAUUUUUCGUGUCUGCAUUGAUGUUGUUUUGUUUCUCCUGUCCAGACGCUCUUCCUGUUUUUCGUGUCUGUUAACCCAUUAAAUAUUCAUUCCCUGUACUUACUUCUCGUCUCCCAGCGUCUGGCAUCACAGAGCCAUUACAGAUUGUGUACAUUUCCUUUUUAAAGACUUGCUGAAGCAUUUGACUUAGGAUAACAGUUAGUGAGACUGUAGUUAUAUACAGUAUAAAGAUACCUGGAUCCGGCUGUUUUUUCAUUUAUUUUUAUUUAAAUUUAACCUUUAUUUGACUAGACAAGUCAGUUAAAAACAAAAUGUUAUUUACAAUGAUGCCCUAGGUAGAGUGGGUUAACUGCCUUGUUCAGCGGCAGAACAACAUAUAUAUUUUCUUUCAGCUCCGGAGAUUCGAUCUAGCAACCAUUCGGUUAUUGUCCCAAUGCUCUAACCACUAGGCUACAUGCCACCCCUUAGGAUACCUAUCUCCUCUCUUGGGUAGGGGGUAGUAUUUUCACCUCCUGAUGAAAAGCAUGCCAAAGUAAAUUGCCUGUUACAUAAUCCCAGAAUUUAGGAUAUGCAUAUAAUUAGUAGAUUUGGAUAGAAAACACUCUAAAGUUUCCAAAACUGUUAAAAUAAUAUGCCUGUGAUUAUAACAGCACUGAUAUGGCAGGCGAAAACCUGAGAAAAAUCCAUCCAGGAAGUGGAAUUGUUUUCAUAUGGCUGUUUUUCAUUUAAAUAGUUUGUCUGGUUUCAGGUUUUUAUUUUGAAAAACGACGUGUUAAAAGCCAUUUCAACAGUUUUAACAAUAGUUAUCAAGGUGUCAUACAAGGAGGGAAAAUGUUGCUGUCUGAAGAGGUAGCAUUGAAUUGUACACAGCAUCUCCUCUCACUCAGGUGACUGUGACCUCCUCCUCAGACCAAUUGACAGUACGCCCAGAACAUUGUUCUGGGAACCAAAAUGAGUAUCUCAGUUUCAAGGAACCAGAUUUGAAAGAAGAACCCUUGUUAGUUAUCAGUCAGUCAGUCACUUGCAGGAACCAACGUUGCAUAAUGAAUCAUGUAAAUCAUGCUUAUAUGAAUUGUGUGGAUAGCCGUAUAUCAGAGAACUAACGGGACUGUCCCGGCAGAGCUCCUGACCGAUGUGAACUAUGCAUGGUGUUUGUUGGAACCUCUCCAGCUUGCUGAUAAUAAAGAAUGAUUCAUUUAAGUUUGA